AUGAAUGAAGAAUAUGAACAAACAUAUCGAAAUUUAGAAAAUAUAUUUGAAAAACUUGUACCAAUGUUUAAAAAACUCAAUGUAUUAAAUUGUGGUGAAGUCGAUAUACGUCUUCAAGUCGUUAUGAAAGUCCAAAGUUAUCAUAUAAAAUCAGGUAUAAAAUAUUCGAAUCAUUGGCAUAUUGAAGAUUAUGACGAAAAUAUCGUAGCUCUUUGUGUUUAUUAUCUGCACAUGGACGAAAAACUUCAAGGUGGUGCAUUAAAAUUUCGUCCUUCAAAAUUACCAUAUGCAGAUUAUGGAAGUCCUGGUGAACCUGAAAUACUAUUAAUUGAUGAAGAUACGGGACAAGAUUUAACAGGAUGCUUUUCUUUUGGAUAUCGUUCAGGAGGCAGAUCAUAUGAAGAUGUCAAUCGUUAUGUGAUACCAAAACCUGAUACUGCUAUUGUAUUUAGUAAUUGA